AUGCUCGGCCUGGAUGUGUGCGAGGCCGGCGGGCAGCUGCUGGAGCUGCUCUGGCUGGCGCUGUGCUACCGAGACAUCAUGGCUGACAAGGAGGGGGUGACGCUGUCGCUGGAGGAGGAGGACGAUGCCGACGUGGCCCUGGCGUACAAGACGCCGGAGAAGAAGAGCCUGCGGGAGAUCCAGGAGCUGGACCCGGGGGACGAGAGCCUGCGGAAGUACAAGCAGGCGCUGCUGGGUGCCAUUCCUGCUGCCGUGGAUGCCAGCGUGCCCAACGUGCAGGUGACGAGGCUCACCCUGAUGUGCGAGCAGGCGCCGGGGCCCAUCACCAUGGACCUGACAGGAGACCUGGAGGUGCUGCGGAGCCGGGCCUUCGUGCUGAAGGAGGGGGUGGACUACAGGGUCAAGGUGUCCUUCAAGGUGAACAGAGAGAUCGUCUGCGGGCUGCGGUGCCUGCACCUCACCUACCUCCGGGGCCGGCCCGUGGACCGCGACGUCUUCAUGGUGGGCAGCUAUGCGCCGCGGGCCGAGGAGUACGAGGUGGUGACGCCGGCGGAGGAGGCGCCGCGGGGCUGGCUGGCACGGGGCUCCUACCGUGUCCGCUCCCUCGUCACCGAUGAUGACAAGAUGGAGCACCUCUCCUGGGAGUGGGGCCUCUGCAUAAAGAAGGCCUGGGAGGACUGAUCCCCCAUCCGCAUCCCGGUUCCCCUCCGCCAGCUCGGGGACGCGGUGCCUGCCAUCCUGGGGGACCCCUCGCCGGCACUGCCGCGCUUGCCCUGGUCA